AGUGCGCCUGCGCGAGCGGAGGUGGCGGCGGUACUAGGUAGGGAUUCUGCUGUUCGCGCCGUGAGCGCGGUCAUGGCGCAGCCGGGGAAGCUGCCCAAGGAACAGAAGUACGACCGGCAGCUGAGGUGUUGGCUCUUUUACAAUUAUUGAUGGAAAUCAGGUCAGCGGAGAAGAUGCUGGAAACAAUUUUUUUCUUCAAAGAAGCAGUAUUGGCAAGAACCGAGCUCAAGCUGCCAUGGAGUUCUUACAAGAAUUAAAUAAUGAUGUCUCUGGAAGUUUUGUGGAAGAGAGUCCAGAAACUCUUCUAGACAAUGAUCCUUCAUUUUUCUGUAGGUUUACUGUUGUGGUUGCAACUCAGCUCCUCGAAAGUACAUUGCUACGCUUAGCAGAUGUCCUCUGGAAUGUUCAGAUCCCUCUUUUGGUCUGUAGGACAUAUGGACUAGUUGGUUAUAUGAGGAUCAUUAUAAAAGAACAUCCAGUAAUAGAGUCUCAUCCAGAUAAUGCCUUAGAGGAUCUACGACUGGAUAAGCCGUUUCCGGAGUUGAGAGAACAUUUGCAAUCUUACGAUUUAGAUCAUAUGGAAAAAAAGGAUCAUAGCCACACGCCAUGGAUUGUGAUCAUAGCUAAAUACUUGGCACAGUGGUAUAGCGAGACGAAUGGACGAAUACCUAAGACAUACAAAGAAAAAGAAGACUUCAGAGAUUUGAUUAGACAAGGAAUUCUAAAGAACGAAAAUGGGACUCCAGAAGAUGAAGAGAAUUUUGAAGAAGCUAUUAAAAACGUCAACACAGCACUAAAUACAACUCAGAUUCCAAGCAGUAUUGAAGAUAUAUUUAAUGAUGAUCGCUGCAUAAAUAUCACCAAACAGACACCAUCAUUUUGGAUUUUAGCUCGUGGUUUAAAAGAAUUUGUGGCCAAGGAAGGUCAAGGAAAUUUACCUGUUCGAGGAACAAUUCCUGAUAUGAUUGCAGAUUCAGGCAAAUACAUAAAAUUACAAAAUGUUUACCGUGAAAAAGCAAAGAAGGAUACGGCCGCUGUGGGUAAUCAUGUUGCCAAACUGCUGCAGUCCAUAGGCCAGGCCCCAGAGUCCAUUUCAGAGAAAGAAUUAAAGUUACUUUGCAGUAAUUCUGCAUUUCUUCGAGUAGUGAGAUGUCGCUCUUUAGCUGAAGAAUAUGGUGUGGAUACAAUCAACAAGGAUGAAAUUAUUUCCAACAUAGACAAUCCAGAUAAUGAGAUAGUGCUGUACUUAAUGUUACGGGCUGUUGACAGAUUUCAUAAACAACAUGGAAGAUACCCAGGAGUGUCUAACUAUCAAGUUGAAGAAGAUGUAGGAAAGUUGAAAUCUUGUCUCACUGGAUUCCUUCAGGAAUAUGGAUUAUCUGUAAUGGUGAAAGAUGACUAUGUCCAUGAAUUUUGCCGUUACGGAGCUGCUGAGCCACAUACCAUUGCUGCAUUUUUAGGGGGAGCUGCUGCUCAAGAAGUUAUAAAAAUAAUCACCAAACAAUUUGUAAUUUUUAAUAACACAUACAUUUAUAGUGGCAUGUCACAAACUUCAGCAACUUUCCAGUUGUAGACUAUUCAUCCUGUGUAGAAUUAUUAAUGCAACUCUAAUUGUCUUCAGGUUGUGCCCUAGUCUAAGGAAACUUAUGAAAUUGUUUCAUAAUAAACAUUUUACUCAUUUGUA